AUGCCGAACCCUGCUAUAGCUUCUGUUCAGCAGACUCCACCACCACCAGCACAGCUUGCAGGCGAUCAGAAUAAGGAAGAAAGUGCUGAUGAGUCGUGGUCUGCUGGCGAUAGUGAUAAUGAUCGCGUCGCGCCAAAUGAUUCAAGUGCAGGCCGCAGUUUGAAACGGAAACGGCCGCUCACUGUGUCAUGCGAACUCUGCAAACAGCGUAAAGUCAAAUGUGACCGGGCCCAACCAAGUUGUGGAUGGUGCGCUCGCAAUGGCCAGCUAUGCGAGUACAAGGAACGAAAGAAGCCUGGUCUUCGGGCUGGAUACGGAAAAGAAUUGGAGCAGCGGCUUGAUCGGCUGGAGCAGGUCAUCCAGACGCAAGCCCGGCUCAUCGAGACUCAUAUCAUUCAAAGCCAGCAUCGCAUGAGUAUGAGUCACGACCUCUCACAAGCUGGGCCACAUUCGUAUAGUUCUCCGUCGGAACCUUCUGCGGCUCAUGGACCAAGCCCUCGUAACCCAGUGUAUUUCCAAGAGACAUCGACUGCGCCUUUAUCAGCUCGCCACAAUGAUGUCUCAAUCACAAGCCCUUCAGAUACUUCGGUUAGGAACGCGAUGCAGAGCCAUGUCCCGAAUGGCAUCUCUUCAGCGGGCCCACUCUCCUCAAUGUCGGGCAGUAAUCCGCAUAACGACUAUACGGGGAAUGAGUCUUCCUUGAAGGUACCAGUCAACCUGUAUUCUAAUCAAGAACACUCUCUGGCUGAUCCAGAACUCGAUCUGCCGCCGUAUGACCUCUUGUACGCACUGGUGGACUUGUACUUCGAACAUAUCAAUACCUGGUGUCCUAUUCUUCACCGGAGGACAACUCUGGACACUUUCUUCGGACCUUCUCCUCUCGAAGAAGCCGACCGUAUGGUUCUCUAUGCCAUAGUCGCGACGACUCUGCGCUUCUCGAGUGACCCUCGCCUGAAUGAGCAAAACCGCAAGCGGUACCAUGACUCUUCGAAACAGAAGGUCAUCUUGUACGGCCUUGAAAACUCGUCGGUGAAAGCACUCCAGGCGUUGGUGAUAUUAGCACUGGACCUGGUGGGAUCGUCUAAUGGUCCGCCGGGCUGGAAAUUGCUUGCUCUUAUCACACGGUCGGUUGUCCAGCUGGGAUUAGCUGUUGAGUCCAAGUCGUCUCUCAUCGCCCCUGUUUAUCCGUCCAUCUACACCUUAAGAGCCGUCACUCUACCGGAGCCCAGUUCCUGGAUUGAGGAUGAAAGCAGGCGCAGACUGUUCUGGAUGGUAUACCUUUUAGAUCGAUAUUCCACCAUUGCUACGGCCUUCGACUUUGCUUUGGAUGACAAGGACAUUGACCGCAAAUUACCAUGCAAGGACGAAUACUUCACUAAAAACGAGCCGGUAGAGACGAGAUGGUUCCAACACACGAGUGAACGUCCUGAUUAUCUGAGUCGAGCAGAGAAUGUUGGUUCGUUCGGUUUGUAUGUGGAGAUCCUUGGGAUCUUUUCACGCAUACAUCUUUUCUUGAAGAGACCAGUGGAUAUUGGAUCUCUAUCCGAUGUUGAGGGAUGGCAAGCAACGUAUCGCAAGUUGGACAAUGAGCUGACCUCUUGGGAGUUUAACCUACCCUCUGAAUAUGCGUAUGAGAACUCCUCGCGACUGUUCAAUGGAUCGAAGCACAGCAAAAGUCUGCACUGUGACUGGGUGCAACUUCAUUCCACAUUUCAAACAGCUGUGAUCCGCCUCCAUUCAUCCGCCGCCUAUCCGACCACGAGGUCUCCAAUCUUUACACCAUCGUAUAGUGCCAGCCAACGCUGCUUGCUAGCUGUUGAUAAUAUCCUUUCCGUGACCCGUUUCGUCGUGGACAACAAUAUGCUCGAUAAAUUCGGGCCCCCCUUUGCCUUCACUCUGUGGGUCUGUGCUCGCCUGUUGCUCGUACAUGGCUCGACCAUCGCUCACACCGUGAGCCCCGACAUAAUAUUCUUCGUCGACGCGCUUGCCCAGAUGGGCAAAUACUGGAAGGUCGCAGAACGCUAUAGUACCAUCUUGCAGCGUGUUCUUGACGAGUACGGCGAAUAUCAGCAAUCUGGAGCGACAGAUGGCGAUCGAUCUACACCAUCCAGUGUAAAAAUUCUCGCGGACAUGCGUCGCUGCGCGUUUGAUCUGGACUUCCUCAUCUCGCGACAGCCGCGCUCAUCCCCAGCGGGUAGCCAACUAACAGCGCCAACAAUGCCCAUGCCGUCACGAAAUCUAGCACCAAAUGAGCUUGAGUAUCUCGACGUUUUUGGCUUCUUCAAUGUGCCCCGUGUUCCUCCCACACGAGCUCCAGACAUGACGAAUCUGGAUAUGAACGAGUCUGUCAACAAUCCGAUGUCAAUACAUGGCCUCACCGGAAAUGGUCCCAACGGUCCCACAAACUCUACCGUUGACAAUACACAUAGCAGUACCAAUGAAUUCAACAUCACUAAUUAUCUGAUUCCGACCCCUGAGACUGACUGGCUUUUUCGACCUGGCGGGUAG